AAACGACGCAAACGUCAAACCGCUGGCCCUGGACUGCUAAACAGGCGUGGGAUUGCUGUAGCAUUGCUUGUAUUCCAUUAGAUACUUGAGUUUACCGUAACCGAUCUAGCGCGGUGAGUCGGCAAAGGGGUUGUGCCAAUUGAGGAACGUGGUACCGUGACAGCCGACAAACAAGGAUGUUUAAAAAAUUUGACGAGAAGGAGAACGUCUCAAACUGCAUCCAGCUGAAAACAUCAGUGAUCAAAGGCAUCAAAAAUCAGCUCUUGGAACAAUUUCCUGACAUUGAGUCAUGGCUUAAUCACAUAAUGCCAAAAAAGGAUCCUGUCAAAAUAGUGAGAUGCCAUGAACACAUUGAAAUCCUGACAGUGAAUGGGGAACUGCUUUUCUUCAGACAGAGAGAAGGACCAUUCUACCCAACCCUCAGACUGUUGCAUAAAUAUCCUUUCAUUCUGCCACACCAGCAAGUAGACAAAGGCGCCAUUAAAUUUGUUUUGAGUGGAGCCAACAUAAUGUGCCCUGGGUUGACAUCGCCGGGCGCUAAACUCUACCCAGCUGCCACUGACACCGUUGUUGCCAUCAUGGCGGAGGGAAAACAACAAGCACUUUGUGUUGGCGUUAUGAAGAUGUCUGCAGACAGCAUAGAAAAAGUCAACAAGGGAAUCGGAAUUGAGAACGUUCAUUAUUUGAAUGAUGGAUUGUGGCACAUGAAGACUUAUAAAUGAUGACAUCAUCUGCAACGCCCGUCCCCCCUCUCUCUGGCAAGUGUGGAGCUCCUGAGAGCAACGCGUGAGCUACCCAUCAACCGGUCACACCUAAGAACUUAAGCUGCGUAACCUGCUGAAGGCUGUGAAUCAACCACCAUGUGCACAAAUAAAAGAUCUGGCUUUAAAUCA